AUGGUUGUUCAUUCGUUGUAUGACGAGCUUACACUGUACGAGACAGAGAGCGAGUAUCGUCUCGAGCCGAUUGUGCGUACGUCAGAGACACGAGCGCUGAGUUUGGACCGAGGGACUGGGGACAUUGUCUUGCUUGCUCCCAAUGCACCGCCACCCGAGACCCGAUCGACUCGAGCUAUCUAUGGCGUACUGGGCAUUCUCUCGCUCUCGGCAUGCGACUAUCUCAUCCUCAUCACCGCCCGAGAACGGCGCGGUCUCAUAUUCGGCCACAUAGUCUACCGCGCAACCGACUUUGCCAUUCUCCCCAUUGCCCCUCCUCCGGCCCCCGACCACCCGGCCGAACGUCAUUUGCUGGCGCUUGUCCGCACCCACCUCAAGACCGGCGCGUUCUGGUUCAGCUAUGGAUGGGAUUUGACUACUAGACUGCAGAACCAGCGGCCCAAUGACACUCGUCCGCUCUGGGAACAGGCCACCGAUCGCUUUUUCUGGAACAAGUAUCUUCAUACCCGUUUGAUUGACAUGUCCCACUCGGAUUCUUCCCAGGAUUGCAGCGAAUAUAUCCUUCCUGUUCUUUACGGAUCAUUCGACAUUCGCCCAGCCGCCAUCCACUCCAACCCCUUCCUCUUCUGCCUCAUCUCCCGCCGCUCCCGCUUCCGCGCCGGAACACGCUACUUUGCCCGCGGCAUCGACUCCCAAGGAAACGUCGCCAACUUUAACGAAACCGAACAACUCGUGCUCGUCAACCCAUCCACAUCCCAACCCCCCGACGUCUUUUCCUACGUCCAAAUCCGCGGGUCUGUCCCCCUGUUCUGGACAGAGAUCAACACCCUGCGGUACCGCCCCGACCUACAAAUCAUGAACGUCGGCGCGACCCAACACGCCCUCCGCGCCCACUUGACCGACUUGAAGUCCACGUACGGGGACACCGUCUUGGUCAACCUGGUCAAUCAGGUCGGGUACGAGAUGCCAGUCAAGGACGCGUUUGAACGCGCCAUCGAAGAGGUCACCGACGCCCCGACCGGGCUCACUGUCGGUGGACGCGGCAGGGUCGAAGGUAUCGGAUACGAAUAUUUCGAUUUCCAUAAAGAGUGCAAGGGCAUGCGCUGGGAUCGGAUUAAUCUCUUGGUCGAGAGGUUGCAAGAUCGCUUGGACGCGCAUGGAUGGUUCCACGUCUCGAGUUCGUCUCCUAACCCCGUCCGAACCCAGCGAGGCACCGUGCGGACAAACUGCAUGGACUGUCUGGACCGUACCAAUGUCGUUCAGAGCACGAUCGCCAAGGGCGUUUUGGAGAAACAGCUGCGCUCGGUGGGGAUCUUGGAAGAAGGAGAAGAGAUACAAGACACAGAGUUUAUGCCUAUUUUUAGAAAUGUCUGGGCCGACCAUGCCGACUAUGUCUCAAACGCAUACAGCGGCUCUGGUGCACUCAAGGCUGAUUUUACCCGUACCGGCGUGAGGACCAAGGGCGGUGCCGCUCGGGACGGGAUGAACUCGGUCAUGCGGUACCUGAAGAACAACUAUUUCGACGGACCAAGACAGGACGCAUUCGAUUUGAUGACGGGUUCAUGGGUCGCACGCCGAACACCUUUAUUGAGCGCCGCGUUGUUAAUCGACAAGAGACCGCUGCUUAUUCGUUCUAUGCCCCACGUAGCGGGCUUUUCGAUCUUUAUGAUUCUCGCCGGUCUCACACUCCCGCGUACAUCAGAAUACUCGCUCGUAUACUACCACCUCAUCUGGUUCACAUUCCUCAUCCUCUCCAUCCUUUUCAUCCAGGCACACGGCACAGCCUACGUCGCGUGGCCCCGUCUGAACGCAUCGGCCGUGCGCGACGUGCUCGAGUACGACGGACCCGGGUACCGUUCCAAGCAACACGGUCGCGGGACGGACAAGAAGCGCGGGGGAGUCAAGAUGGGUCAUGUAGGGAGCGACAAGGGGAGCGUGGGGAGGAUGGAAGAGGUCGAGAUGGGCGAGCGUAAAAAGCGGGUCGAGUAG